AUGCCCUCGUUGGCAGGCAUUGCCACACAAGACAAAGGACCAGCCAUUCUCAUUAUAAUAAUAAUAGCUACAUCCUUAAGCACAGCUUUCGCCGCUGCUCGCUUGUUCGUCAGAGGCAAGCUACUGGGCAGACUUCACUUGGAUGAAUACCUAAUUGCUGUAUCAGUGAUUGUCAGUUGGGUUGCUGUUGCGUUCCAAAUUUUGGCGAUACAAAACGGAAACGGGAAGCACAUACAAGUCUUGACUUACGAACAACAAAAGGCCAUCCGCAAAUGGACAAUGCUUGGGUUCACACCCUUUCUGUUGUCUUUCACCAUACCGAAGCUGGCAACAGUUACAUUGCUGACGCAAUUGCUGGCCCCGACCAGAACUCACCGGAUCUUCCUGUGGUUCUUGAGUAUAUUCUGUAUUAUCAACAUGAUACCAACCGUUGUUACUCUUUUCCUUGAAUGUCCACACGAUAUACCGAAAAAUAUGGAUCUGAAAUGCAUUCCCAUAUCGAGCAAGAUGUACUACGACAUAUAUUCGGGCGGCUUCUCCGCCUUUGUUGAUCUCUACCUCGCGUUAUAUCCAGCGAUCAUCCUAUCCAAGAUCCGCCUGAGUUUAUACAAGAAGAUUUCUUUGAGUGCUGCUCUCGGAUUCGGGUUCAUCUCCGCCAUAGUGGCAACAUAUAAGUGCACUCGAUUGACAUUGAUGGAAUCCCCCGACUUUACUUACGAUCUAUCAGAUGUGGUCAUUUGGACAUCAGUAGAGGGCAACACAAUUAUCAUUGCAGCCUGCAUUCCAGUCCUGAAACCUCUGGUCGAUCUCUUCCGUGGAAAGUUUGAUCCGUCGUUGAACUCCCGGCGCCACAACUACCGAGGCUUUUAUUCACGAUCAAGAAGCACGCCCAAGGUCAAUGUCAAUCUGGGCCGGAUCAAUGUAAAGAAACAGCAACCUCCAACCCUAUCGUUUGAUGGAAAUAUUGCCAUCACAAGAGCAGAGAGUAGAGAGACAAUGUUGGGCCUUUCAGAGCAUCGAUUGCAAGAACCAAAACUUGGCCAAAUCAGAAGGACUGAUGUCGUUGUCGUCGAAGAUGAAGAUGAAUAUGAAGAUGAAGAUGAACAGGGCCACAAAUUUGAGGCCUAGCCAAGUUGAUACGAUGGGUAUUUUAUAUUUUAUUUCCGUGCAUGUGUUAUGAGCAGGAUGGAACUGGCUUUCACUAUUCAUCAGUAUAUUGAAUGGAAUGUCACACGGCAUACCUAUUCGUGCGCUUGGUUUUAUGAAACAUCGAAGAGUGAAUAUAGUAUUUGCUGGGAAGCUCGAG